AUGUGCUCCGGCACGGGCUCCGGCUACUGCAACCUGGGGAUUGCGAGCUACAUCCCGUCGUCCGGGACCAAGAUCCGCCAGGCGUUUGUCUACGAUCGAUACUGCCGCGGACUCGGGGCGCGACCCUUCGACAGCGACACGGGCAAAUGGUCUGUCUACUCGCUGCUUCCGUACACGGUGGAGUUGUCGAUCACCGGCGGGGGCAGGAUCCCGGACGGGUCAUUCAUGUAUGCGGGGCGGAAGACGGAUCUGGGCAAGAAGAUGUACUGCCGAGCGUGUUCAGGGCUGGGGGAUUGGGAGUGCUGCCAAGUUGCAUUCGACUGUCAUUAAGGGGAGGUCUUGGGGUCUGGAGGGUUAGCGUGGGUCAAGCCUGAAAGAGAGUUAGGAAUGACAAAGCCUGUCCUCAGCACGGCGUCGGUGCCUGAACCGAGUCGAUGGGUGAGAGUUGCUGACUGGAGUCAUGUCGUUUACUUUUGCGUAUGUUUGAUGAUCUAUAUCCCCUGUCUGCUAGCAAUAAGAUUCCUUGUGAUUGGAAGUGUUAGACAUCCAGAGAGGUAGUCAUAGUCAGCACUUGAUAUCUUAGCUGAAAGAAG